GCAUCAAUUCAAUUCAAACCAUGGAGAUGAUCUCGAAACCCUUGCUCUUCGCAUCUCUUCUUCUGCUCCUCAUCACAUGGCUACUCUCGCGCUUGCUCUCGGCUUCACAUCGUAAUAAGAACGCUAUCGGCCAGGGCCGGAGGAUCCCAAGCCCGCCGGCGCUUCCCGUCGUCGGCCACCUCCACCUCCUCAAGAAGCCGCUGCACCGGUGCCUCGCCUCGCUGGCCGACCGCUACGGCGACGGCGCCGGCCUCCUCCUGCUCCGGUUCGGCUCCAAGCCGGUCCUCUUCGUCACCUCCCCGUCCGUCGCCGACGAGUGCUUCACCGUCCACGACGUCGCGCUCGCGGACCGCCCGGGGCUCGCGUCGCGGCGGCUCCUCACCGACGACUGCCCCUCCAUCUCCACCGCCAGCUACGGCCCGCUGUGGCGCCAGCUCCGGCGCCUCGCCACCGUGCACGCGCUCUGCGCGCACCGCCUGGCCGCCACCGCCGCCGCUCGCGACGCCGCCGCGCGCGCCAUGGCGGCGAGGCUCCGGCUCCGGCUCCGCAGCGCGGGGCCCGGCGCCUCGGUCGCCGUGAAGGAGACGGCCUACGAGUUCGUGGUCAACGCCAUCAUGACCACGGUCGCCGGAGAGCGCAUGACCGGGGAGCAGGUGCUCCGGUUCAAGGAGAUGACGGAGGCGGGGUUCGCGGCGGCGGGGGCGGCCAACCGGCACGACUUCCUGCCGGUGCUGCGGCUGCUGGACUUCGGGAGGACGGCCAAGAGGCUCGCCGCGCUCGCCAAGGCGCGCCACCGCUUCGGCCAGAGCCUCAUCGACGAGUACAGGCGGCGCCACCCUCGCGGCGCCCCAGCGCAGGAGACGCCGAGGACGGUGAUCGGCGACCUGCUCCGGCAGCAGCAGGAGGGCUCGCCGGAGCCGCUCGACGACGUGGUCAUCCGCACCGUCUGCCUGAGCUUGCUACAAGCAGGGACCGACACCUCCACCAGCACCAUCGAGUGGGCAAUGGCGCUCCUGCUCAGCAACCCCGACGCGCUCAAGAAAGCAGCCGACGAAAUCCACUCCGUCGUCGGCACAUCCCGGCUGCUCCAUGAAUCCGACCUCGCCGGCCUCCCCUACCUCCGGAGCGUCAUCGCCGAGACGCUCCGGCUGUGCCCUCUCACCCCCAACCACGUCCCCCACGAGGCCUCGCGCGACUGCGCCAUCGCCGGCGGCCAUGCCGUCGCCCGGGGCACGAUGGUGCUCGUCGACGUCUACUCGAUGCAGCGGGACCCGGCCAUGUGGAGGGACCCGGAGAAGUUCAUGCCGGAGAGGUUCAUGGAGGACGAUGGGGAUCGGCCGGAUGGAGGUCGGGGGUGGAUGAUGCCGUUCGGGAUGGGAAGACGGAGGUGCCCCGGCGAGGGGCUCGCCGUGAGGACGGUGGGGAUGGCGCUGGGGGUCAUGCUGCAGUGCUUCGAGUGGGGGCGAGAGGGGGAGGUGGACAUGAGCGAGGGGUCAGGUCUCACCAUGCCCAUGGCCGUGCCUCUUGUUGCUUCGUGCCGGCCACACCCAGAGAUGGAGUCGUUGCUUGAGACUCUCACUCUCUAGAAAUAACUUCAAGUGUAGACUGUAGAGCAGUUGUGUUCUUCUGGAAGAUCAUUAAUAUGCUCUUAAAAGUCAUUGAUGAUUAAGCCAAUAAUCAAUUUCUUUCUA